UUUGUUUUCCUCCAACAGGGCAUGGUAAAUGUGCUUUAUAAUCUGCGGAGUCAAUUGCUGAGUAGAUUUCGGUCGUACAACAUGGGUUCGACAGAUCCUGCAAAAAUGGUUGCUGCUAAGGAAGCGGUUGACAGAGAAAUUGUUCCCCUGUUCUCAUCGCAAAAGGAAGUGGCUGUUGGUAUCGGAAGCGGUACAACUGUGGUAUUCGCUGCUGCGCAUUUAGGUCAGAAAGCAAAAGAAGCGAAUGUGAUCGUGAAAUGCGUGCCGACGUCGUUCCAGGCUCAGGAAUUGAUAAGGAACAACGGUUUAGUUCUCUCUACGUUGGAUGAAACGCCCAUGUUGGAUGUUACCGUGGAUGGAGCAGAUGAAUGCGACAAGAAGUUGAACUGCAUUAAAGGAGGAGGUGGCUGUCUUACGCAAGAGAAAAUUGUCGCUUACUUCUCGAAGAAAAUGGUGGUUGCCGCCGAUUAUAGCAAAUGCUCCGACAAGCUAGGUACGAAAUGGACGAACGGUCUCCCCAUUGAAGUAAUGCCGAUAUGUUGGGGUCCAGUGAAGACGCGGAUUGUCGAACAAUUCGGAGGCGAAGCCGCUCUCAGGCUUGCUGUCAAGAAAAUGGGUCCCGUCGUAACCGACAAUGGAAAUUUCUUACUCGAUUGGAAAUUCCCCAUGGAAAAUGAUUUUGACUGGGAUUCAAUGAGCAUCCGCCUCAAAAUGAUACCUGGCGUGAUAGAAACCGGGCUAUUCUGCAACUUGGUACGCAAAGCAUACUUCGGGAACACUGAUGGAACAGUUUCAGUACGAGAAUUCUGACUCAUUCUUGAAUGAAAUAUCGAGCAUCGCGAAAGAAUCUCUUGCUCAUUCCAGGAUACUGUGUUUGCAUUUGUGGAGAUUGUAUUUUGUUUAGGAAAGGUGACCGUCACUAGUCUUUCAUCAAGUAAGUAGCGAAUUUGUAUAGAAUCAUGGGGAAGGUGUCUCUUUUGUGAUUUUUUAAGUGUUGAACCCGUUUUUGCAUCAAUAUCGGUUGUCAUUUACUUGAUUGAAUGAUCGCUUGUUGGUUUCAUGGAAUCUGCACAAACCAUUCGACAAUUUCCUGGACGAAAUUUGUUUCUAGAAUUUUGUAUUGGAUUUUUUCUUCUUUAGACUCAUCAGUUUUUUGUGUGUGAAGCUCUGUGCCUGGUGGAGAGAAGGUGAAUUGCGCGUCGAGUUGAUAAUGAAUGGAGAAAGCACAGACUCAAAUGGAGGUGGGGGUAGCGAGGAAUCAAAACCUGCGCGUUCAGAAACGGUGGACCUGAGCGAGAGUCCCAUUAGUGUGGACAUAUCUGAUGCGCUUAGCGAAAAAGACAAAGUCAAAUUCACCGUUCACACUAAAACUAGUCUACCAGAAUUCGUUAAACCCGAGUUUUCUGUCGUGCGGGAGCACGAUGAGUUCGUGUGGCUGCACGACCGCUUUGAAGAAAAUGAAGCGUAUGCUGGACAUGUGAUCCCUCCUCCUCCACCUCGGCCUGAUUUCGAUGCAUCCCGAGAGAAAUUGCAGAGGCUUGGAGAAGCUGAAGGUUCUUUAACCCGUGACGAAUUUGCGAAGAUGAAAGCGGAACUCGAAGCCGAAUAUUUGGCAACCUUCAAGCGAACCGUUGCCUUGCAUGAGGUCUUCCUUCGCAGGCUGGCGUCACAUGCCGUGUUUCGGGGAGAUGCGAAUUUUCGUGUUUUUUUAGAGUAUGACCAAGACCUUAGCGUCAGAACAAAGAACAAAAAAGAGCGAAUUGAGGGGUUAUUGAAGAGUUUUGGUCGAUCGACGGACGAAGUGAUUUUGGCAUCCACCGUGCAACGGGACACCGAUGAAGACCUCACGAAGGAACGAGCAUUCCUUACGGAUUAUCACACUUUCGUCAAGGAUGCCGCUAGCAAGGGGGAGAAGAUGUCCAAGACCCAUAAGCACGUCGCCGAUUCCUGUAUAAAAGUAUCUGGUGGUUUGGCGCAGCUGUCAACGGUAGAGUACACCGAUCUACAACACAUACUCAACCUUGCUGCGGAGUAUUUCGAAAAAAGCCGGAAAAUCGAGGGUAGAGUUGCGUCGGAUGAAGAUCUGAAGCUGGCCGAUCCAUUGCACUAUUACCAGCGCGAAUCGGACGCCGCCAAGAAAUUACUGUACAGGCGUCUCCGCUGCUUGUACGAAUUCGAAACCGCCAAUCGGAAUUUAGACAAGGCUCGAUCGCGGAAUCGUGACGUACAAAUGGCCGAACUGGCCCAGCAAGAGGCGAAAGCAGCAUUCGAAGAAAUAACGUCGAAGGCGCGAGAGGAGCUGGCUGAAUUCCGUCGCCGCCGCGUUUCGGCCUUCAAGAAGCACUUGGUCGAUUUGGCUGAUCUUGAGUUGAAGCAUUCUCGUGCGCACUGUCAGUUGAUUAGGAACUGUCUGCAAUCUCUGAACCCCGCUGGAUCGUCAGGUGAUGCUGACGUGGUGAACGGUGUGUCCAGCGUGCCUGUGUCAUCAAGUAGCUGAAGAGGUUGUAUUUCGCGCUUCAUCUUAUGCUGCUUAUUGAUGCAUCCGCUGCCUUGCAUUCUCGCGUUCGUAAUGUACACUUCUGUGUACUUCAGAUCUAUACGAAAAAAAAAAGAAAGAAAAGUCCUGCGCAAAUGUUGGGACCAAUUUUCUUCUCUAAGCUUGCUUAAUCGAAUGAACAAUAAGGUAACGUCUCAGAAAAAGCCGAAGAGUAUCGCAUUUGGUUGGGGAAAAAAUAAAGUAAAAUGAAUUAUCACUUAUUAUAAAUAUGUUCGCGGUGUUCAUGUCCUAAUGCCAAAAUUUUUUUUAUUUACUGAAGUUCGCUGCUCGUGACGGAUUACAUUACUGCAUGUCUUCGAAAUGGCGAGCAAGAAAAUUGACUCCCAAUUUGUGCAUAUUUUGGAAACUUGCGCUUUGUUGCCCGGGGCAUCGAUGAACCGUGCAUAGAAAAAGUGUACUUGGUUCAGAAAAAUAUUGCAGGAUAUUAGAGUUUUUCGCCUUGUAAGAGGUAUUGAAAUUUCGGAUAAAAAUAACGUCAAUUCGCGCAUGUUAGAGCUGAAAUGAUCGUCUGUUAUGAAUAUUGGGCUGACUUCCGUGCAGCGUACCUACCAUUGUCGUUGGGUUUUUUCCUAAUUGUGCUUCAUUCGUUGCGAAAGUUUUCAAUUUCAUUCGAAGGAUUUGUCGGGAAUAGUAAAUAAUGAAGCGAUGUGAAUCGAACUGAGAGCACAACUGUGAGUGAUGUUAGCCUUUAGCGAAGAAAUUCUUUGCCGCUAAUCUAUUGUCAGAGUAUUCCUUUCGGCACGAGAAAAUAGUUGAACCAAGCGUAUUUCGUCUCGCCGUUGGUAAAAGGCUUUUUCGGCCAGACGUUCCAGGGUGUUUGAUGAAAAGAUGUCUCAUCGUAUUCUCGUUAAUUGUCAAUAUCUGCAUGGAUAUUAUGUUAGGGAGAUUAGUGGAGCUUGUGGGUUAGCUGAGGUUUUACUGUUCUCCAGUGCAGAGCUUAUAAUUUUUUUAGGGUUCGCUGCGCCAAAGGUAUGUCAGCUAGAAAAAAAGACACCUGUAGAAGUAGUGGAGAUUUCGGGCGGUUUUCCAGCGACAUGGACUCGUUUGAGAAAGCUGGAAGUGAAGGAUGCUAAAUUAAAUAGCCGUGCCUUUAGUCGGCGCACGGUUUGGGUGCGACCAACGGAUAUCAAGCGCGGAGGAUGAUACGAAGAUAUUUUCUGCACAUCUCCGCUUGUCUUUCUUACGGUCGGAAGAUUGCUUUUUUAUUUCUGAUGGGCUGUCCUGUUAUGCUUGGCAAAAAUCUCCAUUCCCGUCGAGGAAGCUUUCGCGAUAAAAUCUUGUCUUUUUUUUUCUCUUCGCCGUGUCGAGCGAUGGUGAUAAUUCGCGGCGUGGCGUUGAAAUCCGUCGUAUUUUGCGAACGAGACCAGUUUUAUUUCCGGUUUGAGCGGAGAAGGAUUGUUGCGGGAAAAAUAAUCUUUGUUUUAUGAGUGAUGUUGAUAGUGAGCUGGAUUUUUCUUAA